AUGGCGAUCUGUGGCAUCUACGGCGUGGUUGAAACACUGCCGCUCAUCACGGGUAUCGACUUCGAGACCAAAGCGGGCUUUCAGAAGGGCGACAAGGUCAUUAUGACUGGGUGGGAGAUGGGGCAGAAGUUUCACGGUGGACAUGCUGAAUUUGCCAGCGUGAAGGCUGAAUGGCUGGUGCCUCUACCCCCUGAGCUCUCAGCGAUCGAUGCCAUGACGAUCGGCACGGCGGGCUUCACGGCGGCCUUGUGUGUCAGAGCCUUGGAGGAGAGUGGCUAUGACCGGAGCAAGCCCAUCCUCGUCACAGGUGCCGACGGCGGCGUCGGGUCGGUCGCCAUCUACCUGCUGAACCGCAAGGGCUGCCGCGUCGCGGCGUGCCUCCGCGCUCUGGGCGCCACCGAGAUCGUGGGCGCGCUGCCCACCGACAGCAAGGCGCUGGACGAGCAGCUCUGGGGCGGCGCCAUCGACGUGGUCGGAGGCCCGACGAUCCCUACCAUUGCCUCGCAGAUGGUCUACGGUUGCACGUUGGCCAGCUGUGGGGUGGCUGGCGGCCCUGCCAUCAAGACCACCGUGUACCCCUUCAUCAUUCGAGGUGUCAAGCUGUACGGAGUUGAUUCAGUCUUUGCUCCAACAGAUUCCCGUCGACCGAGGGUGUUUCACCGUGACGAGGUGCGGAAGGCUGUUUGGCAAGACUUGGCCAAGGUGCCGAAGGACAUCUGGCAGAACAUGCGCACUGAGGUGGCGUUGGAGGACCUCCACGAGGCGGCGCAGCGGAUUCUGGCGGGGCAGAUCCGCGGGCGCGUGGUGGUGAACCUGGCGCUCCGAACGCCUCAACUGGUCCCCAAGGAGAAGGAGGAAGAGGAUCUGGAAGCCUUAAGACGGCAGACCCUAGAGCUCCGGAAGAGCCUCACCACCAAGUCUAAGAUCGUUUCCGCCGAGCAGGCGGCGAGCUGCAUUCUGGACGGGGACUCUGUGACCUCCGCGGGCUUUGUCGCAGCCAUGCCAUGUGAUGCCUUGAUCACCGCCUUACGGAAGCGCUAUGAUAAGACAAAGCAUCCUCGGGAUCUGGAGAUGGUCUUCUCCAUCAUUGUGGGCGAUCGUGAAGGGAGAGGUACAGAGCCCUUGACCCCUAUGGUCUCCAGGGCCGUCUUCGGUUGGACCGACGUUUGUCCAGCCUUUACGAACGCCGUCUUGAGCGGAAAGAUUGAAGCCUAUAACCUGCCAAUGGGUCAGAUCUCUCACAUGAUCCGAAGCUCAGCCAAUGGUGCCCCAGGACACCUUUCCAAGGUGGGUUUGCAUACCUUCGCUGACCCGCGGAAGGGCGGUGGCAAGCGGAAUAAGCAGACCACCAAAGAUUUGGUGAAGUUGCAGGUCUUGGAUGGAGAGGAAUAUAUUUUUUAUCCUGCGCCCAAGAUCACCGUGGCCUUGCUGCGGGGUUCCCUGGCCGAUGAGGCUGGCAACAUCUCCUUCGAACACGAGCCAUUGCUUUUGGACUCUUUAAACCAAGCGAUGGCGGCGAAGAAGAAUGGCGGUUUAGUCAUCGUCCAGGUGCAGCGUGUGGUGCCUUCAGGAAGCCUGGAUCAUCGAAGGGUUCACAUCCCUGGAAUGUUAGUGGAUAUGGUGGUGGUGGCUGGCAAAGAGCAUUCUGCGGUGACUUAUGCGCCAGCAGAUCAAGAGUACGAUCCCACCUUGUCCGGAGAGAUGAAACCCUUGCGCUCCCACCUGGAGCAACUCCCAUGGGAAGGUCCCAGAAAUGCAUGCCAGAAGCGUGUGAUGGCACAUCGAGCACUCUUUGAGGUCAAAAAGCCCAGGGCAGUGCUCAACUUUGGUGUGGGAUCUCCUGAGUUCGUGGCCACCAUGAUGGCCAGCCAUGGCCAUCAGAACCCCGAGCUUCAUGGUUUCAUGUCGACCGUGGAGAGCGGCGUUUGGGGCGGCGUGCCCCAGGGCGGCUUCCGCUUCGGCACCAGCGUCGGCUACGAGGCCUUGGUCCCCACGAGCACCAUGAUGGACUUCUACCUGGGCGGCGGCAUUGACGUCGCCUUCCUGGGAGUGGGCGAGGCAUCCCUCGGACCCGCGGAGUCUCCGAUAUCGGUCCGUCGGACGGUCACCAUCAUCGCUGGUACCAUCGCUGUGGAUCACACUGUGUGGGCACCAACAAAAAGGACAAGCACUCCACAAGGGCUGAAACUGAUGGUUACUAACCUAGCAGUUGCAUGCAGUUGCUGGAUUUCUAUACAAAGAUUAAACAAUCAAUAA